AUGUACGUGGAGAAAGAAAUCCCCGCGGGUUUUUUUCUCUCGCGCGAAGCGGCGCACGACGCGCAGCAGCUGACAACGCUUGCGACAGCGCUCGCCAUGCCAGUCAGGCACAUCGUCAUGUUUGGCAUCAAAGAGGGCACGACAGAAGCACAGAUCUCGACACUGAAGACAGGGCUAGCGGGGCUGAAGAGCAAGAUCCCGGAGAUCAAAUCGUUCGAGCUAGGAUUCGACCUGAAGCUGAAGGGCGGGCAGACUCACCCAGCCGGGAAGAACCGCUCUUGCUCCUGGGCGCCGACAUUCGAUACUAAAGAAGCCUACGAGGUGUACGAGACUCACGAGGCCCACAUCGAAGUGAUCAACGACUGCAUCAAGCCCAUCAUUGAGCCUGGUACGCGAGCCGCCAUCCAGUACGAGAUGGAGGAGUAG